AUGGUACGAGUUGCAAUUGCAGGCGGGACUGGUAAGCUGGGAAAGACCAUUGUCGAGGUUCUAUCCCAAAACCAAAAGCACAAUGUAAUUGUGUUAACUCGCAAGCCCACUACCCUUCCUGAUAUUGACGCUCCUGUUUGCGUUGUAAACGCUAACGAUGUGGACGGCCUCGAAAAACUGCUAGAGGAGAACGCGAUCGAGACAAUUAUCUCGACAAUCCCAGUGGCUACUGCGGAAGCGAGCGCGAUGGAAAUCAAUCUUGUGCGUGCCGCCAGCCAAUCCCGUCCGACCAAGCGAUUCAUUGCCAGCCAGUGGGCGAUUCCUGUCCCUAACCCUCGGUUCCAUCUUCCGAACCAAAAAUAUCUGGAUGCCACCAUCGAUGAACUGAAAACCACAGAGCUGGAGUGGACGACAAUCUACAAUGGCUAUUUCAUGGAUUUCUUCGGCACCCCUCAUGUGAAGAGCAACAUGGGGAUCUUUGCUAUCCAUAUUGACAUGGCUAGCAAAGCGGCGGCUAUACCAGGAACGGGUGACGAGAAGAUCUCGUUCACGUACACCUAUGAUAUCGCGAAGUUUGUGGACGCAGCGCUUGAUUUGCCAGAAUGGCAACAGAGUCUGUUUUGCUAUGGAGAUAUAUGCACUUACAAUGAAGUGUUGAAGUUGGCGGAGAAGAAUACAGGCUAG